AUGCUACCAUCUGUCGACGGCAUUGUGAAUAGUAUUUCACAGUUCAAUUAUGAUCCAGAUGCUAAUGUCACUUUUGACACAUGGUAUCAACGUUAUGAGGAUUUAUUCACUGUUGAUCUCGCCUCACAAGACGAUGCUUGGAAGAAACCACGUGACAAGUGUUUCGAUGAUACAAUAAAGCUGCUGCGUGAACAUUUUGGAGACCACUCCUCAUUAUUCAGCAUACGUUAUCGUUGCCUCAAGCUGACAAUGAAUGAAAAUGAUGAUUUUCUUACUCACGUUGGCACAGUCAACCGAGAAUGUGAGAGAUUUCGACUCAGGUCCUUAACAGAUGAUCAAUUCAAAGCCUUGAUUCUCAUAUGCAGUCUUCAAUCUCCUCGUUUCACAGAUAUCCGAACUCGACUGCUCAAUCAGCUAGAACAAAAUCCUAAGUUAACAUUACAUGACAUAGCUGAUGAAUAUCAACGGCUGAUUAAUUUGCAGAAAGACACACACCUGGUCGAAUCAACACCUUCGAGAAGCUCUGAUAUUCAUGCAUUACGAAAGAGCAAAAAUCUCUCAUCAUCCACUCCUGACCCACCUUCUCCUAAUGUUCCGCGGAAAUCUACACAUACUCGUCCAACUUCACAAAAUACUGCAAAGAAGACCCCACCAUCACCAUGCUGGCAUUGUGGCGCGUGGCACUUUGUAAAGUCUUGUCCAUACAAAAAUCAUCGUUGCAGCAAGUGCAAAAUCAUUGGUCAUAAAAAUGGUUUUUGUCAGCCACGCAAACCCAGAUAUCAUAAUCCAGCGAAAGCUCGACAAACUGUUGGUCCUAAAUCUCCAAGGAGAUCAUUGAGUCUACUCGCAACCUGUCAAGUCACAACACCAGGUAUGCGGAAAUAUAUUGACCUUCAGAUGAAUGGUCAUGAUACACGUCUGCAGCUAGAUACCGCCUCUGAUAUUACUGUUAUAUCAGAGAAACUUUGGAAUAAUAUUGGCAGACCACCAAUCGCAAAUACUUCUCAGACUGCUGUCAGCGCCUGUGGUGGGCGGCUCAAACUAAUUGGUGAACUCAAAUGUUCUGUUUCUUCCGCAAUACCAAAUUCACAGGAAUUUGCUACGUCACCAAGAGUGAUUUAA